CGCGUCUCGUGACGUCGUAUAUAGCGCUCAGACGACGAAGACGAGAAAAGGGUGGCCGUCAUUGCUGCUGAACCAUUCGAGUUUUAGUGGAGGCAUUCGAAUGAUAGCUGAAGAGGCAGGCGACAGGUACGAUGUGGAGAUCCUGGACGGCAGGAUCUGUUACGUGCACAAAAACAGGCACGUAUGCUCUCUGCUGUCCCUGUGCGUGGAGCGGGUCUCUACGCUGGUGUCCCUCUUUUACCCGGGCUUCGACCGCCGAGUGGCCCGGUUGCCCAGCGAUGUGCUGACCAUUCUGCUCGACCACUUGGCCUCCAGGGCACCCCUGCGCUCCCUCGACGUCUCCGCAGCAAAGUUUCUCCUCCACGCCGGUCGAGUCCAGGACCUCGUGCUCGAAAGACUCCUCAUGAGACAUCGAGACCUUCGGGAGCUCUUGGCCGCUUUGGAUACCACGUUGCUUCGCAGGAUUACCAUCGUUAAUGUGAGCUGCAAGUGUCAGGAGCCCCCGCAUCCCCCGACCGUCCAGACUGAAUGCCGGAAACAGUACACCUUGGACGAGGAAGCCCUCGGGUCGCUCGUGCGAGACGCCCACUGCCUCAAGUCGCUCGACACGACGCUUCCCUUCGACCUGCAGUCCCUCACGUCGCACCCGGAGUUGACGCGGCUCUCCCUGCGCUGGGUGCGCGACGGAGACGGCCCCGCGCAAUCGAAGCUGUCUGCACGAGACCUGCAGGCGCUGCUCCUGCAGCUUCCCAAGCUACAGGACUUGCAGUGCGACAUCGUCGAUGCCAUACUGCAGGUAUCUCCGGAUGUGGAGCCUCUGUUGAGCCGCCUGAGCACAGUCUUCUUGGGACCGCCGACGGGUGAGACUGCCACCGACGCCUUGGUCAGGAUGUGUCCGCACGCAGAAGAGGUUACUGUGCACGUCUCUUCGAGCCGUGACCUUCAGCCUCUGCGUCAGAUGAGCCGUCUGCGCAAGUUAACCAUCCGUUACUCGAUUCGCUCCGGUCCUAACGCUUUCCUCAACGAUACUAUGUUCGAGGCCCUGGGGCCCUCGGUGUGCGGUGCUCUGCAGGAACUGGAGCUUCCCCUGCAGGCGAGGUUGCGGCCGCAGUCGCUUAGCGCUGCGUGUCCCCAACUGCGGGUACUCGUCGCCAGGUCCUUCUUCAGGCCAGCUGUCCACGAAGAACCGUACUUCCAGAACCUACAGGUCCUCAAGGUGGACACCCUACUGGAUGCCUCCGUUCUCCUGCCAGUGUGCAAAGAUACCCUUCGAGAACUGCGACUCACCCUGUCCGAGCUGACCACGGUGGAUGCCCGUGAGCUGGCCGAGCUGGUGGUGCGUUGUCCGAGAAUGGAUACCCUGUCCCUCGUGGUGCGGAGUCCACCGGUCGGUGGCAGUCACGUCCUACGUCAUGCGGCCGCUUACUUCCUGGGCCUUGUCGCCAGGGUGCCCAACGUUCGCAUCUUUUGUUGAUUCCUGCCCGCCGUAUAUAAUAUACACGGAUGACCACCUUAUAGAAAAUGAGGCUAUAAAAACUCAAUACGAAUAAAAGCUGCUCUAUGA